AUGGCACAUGUCUUUGAUCAGGAGUCACCUGAGGUCCUUGCCUACGUUAUCAGCCGCUUCGCUGUGCAUACCGAGGCCCAGGUGUUGCACCCAGCGGCUAUGCUGGAUCUCAGGGCUCAGCUUCGGUUUUUGGUUUCCGAGGGUCGGAAUGUGGAUGCAGCCAGGCUGUGGGCAUCAGCCCUUGAGAUCCAACAUUACCCUCCUCCCCCUCCACUGCUCGACGGAUUACCUGCAGGUCUGCCACCUAUCCGCACGGUCCCGUGUGUCGUCACGGACUGUGCCCGGUGCGCCCAGAGCCGUGGAGGGUUCCAGCUGCCUUUUGUGGGUACAUUCACACAUGCAGCAGCGAUUGUCCGCCCAGGGAGUGACCCGGCUCAAGCGUGGAGUGCUUACCAUGCAUGCCGCUCCUAUUUGUCGCCGGGCGACAUCACGGCCCUACAUUCGGGCCUUUGGCCUACCGACCUGCUGCCGAACCACCUCUACGCGCUCUUUUCUCGGGUGGCAGAACAGACCCACCCUCGGGCAGCCAGCUCAGCCGAGCUCUGGAUCGUUUUCCGACGGCUGCCCGGGAGGAUGAAAGAUCACGGGCGCACAGGACCAUCUGGCUGUGGCUUGGGGCCGUGGCUUACGGGCCGGGACUAUUGCCAGCAGCCUGCCACAGCUGCGGGGUGCCAACGGUCUUCCGCUGUCGGCGGUGUGACGCAGCGGCUUGUGGAGACUGCCUGGGCCGCUGCAUUCGGUGCCUCUGAUGGUGGGCGAUUCUGGAAGGGGCGUUCCCUUUAUUAUGACCGGCAGGAGCCGACGGCCGCGGCGGAGACCGCAGGCAUAUUUUUAUACCGGGGAGUGGACCUGGGGCUGUCUUCGCCGGUGGCGACCCGCCCGGUCUUGAGUCGUACUCCUGCUCUGCUUCUGCCGUUGCCCGGCCUUCGCGAUCAGCUUCCACGGCGGCAGGAGAUGGCGAUAGCCAGCCCGGCCCGUCUUCCGGACUCUUCAGGGGAGGGUACCCCGGUAGAGGUCCGAGUGGAGGCUUGGCGCCGCGCCUUUGGCCUGGCCGAUGACGAGGAGUUCGCCUACGUCUUUAUGUCGGCGGAAGAGGCACAGAGGCAAGCUGGAGCAGAAAUCGCAGCCAAAUGGCGCGAAGUCCGCGAGCGAGUGGACGAGGGCAAGGCUCUGGCUUUCGCACAUGAGGCAGCCCAAGCCGGAGCGGCGGCGGCCAAACCUUCCACCAAGCCUCGCCCGCCUUUGCCGCGGCGGCGGGCAGCCGUGCCCAAGGCACCGCUGCAAGCCCGUACGCCUGUGGAGCGCGCUGCCUUGGAGACACCAUUGGUCGAGGAACUCGCCGACCUUUGGGUAGAUGCCAAGGUUCAGCGCCCGAGCGGUGAGCUCAACGCGGGACGCCAAGCUGAGUGGGAGAACUUUGUGAGGCGCCGUGCUGCCAAAGUGUGCAGCGAAGCGGAAGUGGCCACGAUCAAGAAGGCCGUGGUUUCCCUCCGCGAGCUUCAGCAUUUCCAGGUUGCCCGGGGCAGAGACGGGCUGGAAGAGGUGGACACCCUGGACCUGGACGCCUUUAUCUUCAGCUCGGCCGCUCCUCAUCGUGCCGUGGCGGGCUUGCGGUGGGCUGCCAAGCAAGCGGAGCUCGCCUGGAAGAUUCCGGAUGCACCCCGGACCGACCAGCGCCGAAAGCCUAGGGACGAGCGGCAGGCCACCUUGGCCGAACCGCCGAUGCUGGUCCACCUGGAGAAGGUUAUUGAGGACCGGUGCAUUAUGGGCGACCCUCGGUGGACUGCGAUGCUGGGGCAAUGGAUGCAGGCCUCCAGCUGCAUGCGGUAUGCCCACCUUCGCAGGAGCGAGGUCCUGCGCAUCACGGGGUCCACCGUGCAUGCCUUCUGCAACAAGGGCAAGCAGGGCCGCCUGCGGCAGGGUUUUUACUUUGCCAUUCCGGCCGCCUUCGCUUCUGGAUGGAACUGGACCGAGCCUUGGAAAGAAGCCUUCGAGGCCCUGCCCAAAGGCCGGCGGAGCCAGUGCGGGCUAUGCUUCGAUGCUCGGGGCUUCUCGUGGUCCCUCAGGGAGUCUACCCUGGCCGUGCAGGCGGCUUUCACGGAUGUGGUGGCCAAUCCGGAGGAGCUGACCUCCUAUAGCUGGCGUCGGUUGGGCCCUUCUGUGGCUAUGCUGGCGCAGCUUUCGCCGGGCGAGUCGAACGCCCUUGGGGACUGGCAAGAUCGAGUCUCUGACCAGAGGAGUGCCAUGCCCGUCCACUACAGUGGGUUGCGCUACAAGGAGAGCGUUCGGGUCAAGCAUUUGGUGUGGGCCUACAUGGGGGAGUUGCGCCCCUAUCCGACGUGGGAUGCGGUGACCCCGCAGGACGUCGCGGAGCACACGACUUUGGCCCAGUCCCUAUGCGACUCCCAGGUCAGGGCUGACAAGGAGCUCCUGUGGCAGGGACCCGCCUUCGCCGCGCACAAGCCCAAGAAGUUUACCAUGAGGUUGGCUGCCCCUCUUGCACGCAAGUCCUUGGCCGGCCCGGUGCUACCUCUGGCGAAGCUGCGGUCGAAGCGCAGGGCGGAGCCUAAAGCAGUGGCGAGCAGCUCGGCCCGGCCCAGCUCGGCUGCUGCGGAGGUGCCCGCACCUGGUUCCCCCAUGCCGCCUUACAUCGGUCGCCACAAGACGUCGCAGAACUUCAAGGACGGUGCGCUGCCACCAAGCUCUCCACAGACAGAGUCUGCGGCGGGAAGCAUGCGGCCCUGGACUGCCGCACCAAGAAAUAUGGCCUACCUCCCGGCUAUGUCGUCCCCGGACAAUCGCCUGAGCCAGCGCCUGCUUCCCGACGGUGUCCAGCCGACGCACCGGCCGAAGGUGAUGGCCGCGAGACUCCAGAAGGAGGGUGGCGCCAGGUGUGACGUGGCUCCCCCGCUUCCCCUGGCUUCGCCUCCGGGGGCGUUACCUUGGGGGGCAGGAUCAGGUGUGGGUCCCCGGCGCGAGUCACCGGCUCCGGCACGCCGGGUUGACACGGCAGCAGCUACAGGCUGGGGCUCAGGCAGCUCCCCUGCCCCGAAGAUCAAAGCUAUGCCCAAGGCCUUCAGGACCCCGCCGGCGCCGGACCCCACAGAGGCUGAGAACCAGGCGGUCUUCGACAAUUUGGCGGGCAGGCGCCCAGUCCAGCGCCCCACCUGUAUUUGGGAAUCGCCGGCAGGAGGGCGUCUUUUCCUGUCCGGCUUGCCGCUGCGGGAAACCAGUGGCCAAUUCCCGACGAUCCAUUUGCAGAUUACUUGUAUGGAUCGAACCCCGGAACAACGGGGCGGCAUAGCCCUGUGCAGCCGGAACCUGCUGUUCAACGUCUCGGCCAGGCAGUCCCGGGAGGAAGAGUGGCUCCGCGAGACCCAGGAGGAGGCGAACCAGGCGAUCCUGAGGGUGAGACAGAUCGAGGUGGAUCGCGCUAUCCAGCAAGACCGCAGCCUGGGUUCGUGGUUGGCCGGGGCCGUGCGUAACACACGUGUCCCCCCAACACCUGUGCAGCCACGCGGAUAUAUCGCCACUGCGAGCUCGCACCUCCACCUCGAGUCCCCGGAGGAAGGCGUUCCUAUCUGCAAGCAAAAGCAGGGUAUUGAGAGGCGCCGGUUGGCCAACCCGCAGCGCACGACUAGCAAGCUAGAGGCCAUCGGAUGGGAGCGACCCAUCUGCGAGGGCUGCUUUUCACGAGCAUCCUCCAAGUAUUUUCCGGUAUAG